AUGAAUCCUGGUGUCGGUGGUCCGGUUGGAGGUGUCCAGAUGGUCAAUAAUGGUUCGAUGGUACCCCGUAAUGAUGGCAGUAUGAACAAUUCCCCUGAAGUCAUGAUCGGCAACCUCAACACAUAUAUUUAUGACUACUUCCUGAAACGCGGUUACCAUGACUGCGCACGAGCCCUCGUCAAGGAUGAAUCAAUCAAGCUCAACACUGAACCUCCUAUCAAGACAAGUCCGGGUCAACGCAGGGAGGGCGAAGUGAAUGGUGUCGACGGCGACGCGGUGAUGACAGACAGUAAAGACGGUGACAAACUGAAGAUUCCCGACGACUUGCCUCGUCCCAAUCUCAACAGCGAAAGUCAGUCGUCUUCGUUCCUCUUGGAUUGGUUCAGCCUGUUCUGGGAGUUUUUUUGGUCCCAGCGUAAGAAAGGGAACAGCGCCGAUGUGAGGCAAUAUCUCCAACACACUCAGAAUAUGAUGCGCAUUAGAGAGCAGCAACAAAGUCAAAUGUUCCGAAACCAGCAACAAAUGAUGCCGGGUCAGAUGGGGCGGCUCAACAACAUGCGUGGGAACGGAAUGGUCCCUCCCAACUUACAGAAGGCCGUCCUGCAGAAUAACACUGGUGGCUUCUCCCAGCAGCAAUAUGCGCAACUACAACAAAAGAGUCAACAGAUGCAGAUGAUGCAGAUGCAACGCGAGCAUUCUGAUAUGGAUAUGAACGGCCACCGACCGCCCUCUCCAUCCUCCGCCGAGAACGCGCCAUCCCCGUCGAAACGACCCCGCCUUGAAGGUGGUCCCAUGAAUGGGCAACAACUGGCACCCAACGGACGUGGCCAGGGUCAGGCGAUGCCUGGCCAGCAGAACCCGAUGUUGAUCCAGAAUGGACUUACGCCGCGCGCGAUGAACCCUAACCAGUUUGGUGCUUUUCAGCAAUCGGGUCCGGCUGCACAGCCAAAACCAAUCCAGGUAUAUGCUCAAAACUUGGCUCUACAUCACUCUCGCUCAGCAAUGAAUAACCAGGGCAUGCCUAAUGGUUUAAUGAAUCCCGGCGUGAUGCCGAAUCAGGCUGAUCUGGUUCCCAUGUCAGACGGCCAGGGUAUGUAUCAGAUGAACAACGGCGAGUUUUAUCCGAAUGGCCAAAUGGCGCAGGUUAGGCCUGGGGCUCAAACUCCUGGUGGCCAGCAUGGUAACCAUGCUCUCCAGGACUAUCAAAUGCAACUCAUGCUCCUUGAGCAGCAAAACAAACGCCGACUCAUGAUGGCUCGCCAAGAGCAGGACAGCAUGACUCGUGGCCCCGAUGGUCAACCCUUGCCUGGGCAGCAGGGCCAACAGCAACCGGGUCAAAUGCCUCCGGGUACUUCUCCCCAGGGCAGUAGGACUGGGGCGUCGCCAAUCCCUAACGACCAAAUGAAGCGCAACACUCCCAAAUUGAAUCAAUCUGGUCUUCCGAAUUCACCGAACGCUCCCGACGCAAUGAUGCAGGGCCGUGGUUCUCCUGCUUCAAUGAACUUCACCGGGCAACUACCCCCCGAAAUGGCAGGUCAAUUCUACAUCAAGACGAUGCAGGAAGGUAUGCAGGGCGCCAACGGUAUGCGGCCACCGAGCUCCAACCCGGCAUUUAGUGGCCCGCAAAUGGGCCAACCAGUCCAGGCUGGCACGGCGAAUCGAAUGCCGAAUGGAGGCUGGCAACAACAGCCAGGUGGUCAACCUGUUGUCCCACAACAAUCUCCGAUAAUACAGCCCCCAACUACCGGAACACCCCAGAGUGUGAAUUCAAUGCCACCUCCCCAACCUCCUACAGCCAAUGCCGGCCGUCAGCCUCCUCCGUCCCCCCAGACUGGAAAUGCUGCUCCCCCGACUCCGCAACCCGCAUCUAAGGCCGCGCCGAAGAAGAAAGAGACUAAGGAUAGAGCCAAGCGACCAAACAAGAAGACUGCAGCUGCAGCCGCAGCGGCGGCGGCUAACAACACGACCGCUACACCAUCAUCAGAGGCAGAGCAGCCACCGACUCCUACACCAGCGACGCCAAUCACUCCCCAGCAUCAUCAAUCCUUUAACAAGUCUGGUGGGAAUGCCACUGCGGGCGCUCCUCCUCAGCCCACAUCCGCUCCCGCUCAACAGACUCUUGUGCAGCCUCCGCCGCCUGAUCAAACCCAGUCAUUCAACGAUCUUACCAUGCCCGAUCCAUCUGCAUUUAGCCUCGAUUUCAGCGCACUGGAGAACCCGGACAUCCUCGAGAAUUUUGACUUCGAUACAUUCCUCAACACCGAUACGGAUACAACAGGGUUCGGGUUCGACCCAAGCAUAUCAUACACCGACGGUGUUGAGACUGGCACCGAGAGUGGUCUCUGA